GUGGAAAACUAAACCAGUUAAUAUAAUGUUGUAAUAGGAAAGUGGUAGAAUACAACCCAAUCAGGAAAGAAAAUUAUGAUUCCAAACCAUUUGUUAAUUUUGGGUCCGCCAAAUAGCGGUAAGCUCCGAAUUGCGAAAACAAUAGCUCAGGAUUAUGAAGCAGGAGAAUAUGAACCGGAUCAAUCACACUCGGGAAUAAUAAUAAAGACCUCGGUCAUUACCAAAUACUACGAGAUGAAACUAACGAUAAUGAUUGAUGAAUACUUAGAAAAGUCACAUGGUGCUAAUGAUAAACUUGCCGAGUUAUCCAAGUGGUAUGAAGAUUUCCAAUCAGAUGAUUGUGAAGAAUUACGAGAGGUUAUUGAUGGAUUUAUAUUUACGGUCAACAUGGCAUCUGAUUCAGUUGAAUAUAUAGAAAUGGCCAUGGAUGUUCUUGCUACUAUACGACAGUCUUUAGGUGGUCAUGACUGGAAGGGGUUUAUAUGUGUAGUUGGUUCAUCCCCUAAUGAUGAACCAAUCGAUGAAGAUCUUGUAGAACUUAUCGAAGAUGCUGCAAUUACAUCUGGGUUUGAAUUUAUCAAUCUUCAAUCUGAGGGAGUGAAUGAAUAUAAAGAGAAACAAGGAAAGGAUCGAAUAAAAGAGUUGAUUGAAUGCCAUGAAUGGUCCAAUAUGGAUAUGCUUACAGACAAGCCAGAUCGGUAUGAAAAGAGUAAGUUGGAUAAAUUGGAGUCAAUGACUGUAGGGCUAUUAGAUGAGCAUAAGCAAGAUAUGGAAUUGGAAGAAAUCUUCAACAAGCUUUCUGUUUCUAAACAGGUGAUAAGUAAUCUUCCCCCAGAUAAAAGAGAAAGUUAUGCCAACAAGGUACUUGAGGAGAUUAUAGAUUUUAUAUAAUGCUGUACAUAGGUAGUCUACAUUCUAUAAUAAACUUGGUAUCCCGGGUCAUAGUAACACUCUUGAGUAUCUUCUUCAGCAAUUCCACUUUCAUGAACCAAAACAGCAAAGUCAACAGUCCUGUCUUGAAUUGUAAUCAUAGGUGCAUGCCAAACACCCACCCCAUAAGUAACCGAUUGAUUACCACGACAAAGAAAUGCUGCUAUUGUAUCCGGAUCAGGAAGAGUAGUCUUGGUAUCAGAUUUAGCCACAAUUACUAAAUAACAAAUUUCAUCGGUUUUACCCAAGGGAAGAAAUGUUUGAGUAGUAAACGGAUGACGUUCAAGCACUGUUGAAGUGUAUUGCCAAUUACCUCGACCUUCAGUUAGUAAAUGGUCAGGUCGGGAGCAUCGGAAUAUGUUCCAGUUUGUAGUACUACUCCCACUCUGACUCAUUUUAUAGUUGUUAACAACGGGUGCAACUUUUGGGAUCUUUAUCGCCGUUCCGUAGUUGGCAUUUGAAUCAUUUGCAAUUACUUGAUGCUCAGGACUGAUCACUCCUCCAAAAGGUUCAAAAUUUUCUGGUGUCAAGAGCUUAGCUAUUAUUGGAGGUAUCUUACUACCAUCAAAUGUUUCUAGGACCAUAUAUCUCCAGUCUUGGUGUCA